GCGGUACUGUGACGUCACCUGAAGGGAGCACUUCCGGUCUUGUGCCGCCUUCCCAGGACCCUCAGGGAGAGCCGGCCGCCUUCCAGGCGGACAGAAAUGGACUCAGAACUCAAGGAAGAAAUUCCUGUGCAUGAGGAAUUCAUUUUGUGUGGUGGAGUCGAAACCCAGGUUCUAAAAUGUGGGCCCUGGACUGACCUCUUUAAUGAUCAAAGUGUCAAAAGGCCUAAGCUGCUUAUUUUCAUUAUUCCUGGUAACCCAGGUUUUUCUGCCUUUUAUGUGCCAUUUGCAAAGGCUUUAUACUCUUUGACAAACAGACGCUUUCCAGUUUGGACUAUCAGUCAUGCUGGGCAUGCGUUGGCUCCCAAAGACAAGAAGAUUCUUACAACAUCAGAGGAUUCAAAUGCUCAAGAAAUUAAGGACAUCUAUGGACUUAAUGGACAAAUAGAGCACAAACUAGCUUUCCUGAGAACUCAUGUGCCAAAGGACAUGAAACUUGUGCUCAUUGGCCAUUCGAUAGGCAGCUAUUUCACUCUUCAGAUGCUGAAGCGAGUCCCUGAGCUCCUGGUAAUUCGCGCCUUUCUGCUGUUUCCAACAAUUGAACGAAUGUCUGAGUCACCCAAUGGCAGAAUUGCCACUCCACUUUUGUGCUGGUUUCGAUAUGUUCUCUAUGUUACUGGCUACUUAUUAUUGAAACCGUGUCCUGAGAAAAUCAAGUCCUUGCUAAUCAGAAGGUGCCUUCAAUUAAUGAACCUGGAGAAUGAAUUUUCGCCAUUGAAUGUAUUAGAACCAUUCUGCCUUGCUAAUGCUGCCUACCUUGGGGGCCAAGAAAUGAUGGAGGUGGUGAAGAGAGAUGACGAAACCAUAAAGGAGCAUUUAUGUAAGCUUACAUUUUAUUAUGGUACGAUAGAUCCUUGGUGUCCAAAAGAAUACUAUGAAGACAUUAAGAAGGAUUUUCCAGAAGGAGACAUUCGACUCUGUGAGAAAAACAUACCUCAUGCUUUCAUCACCCAUUUUAACCAGGAAGUGGCAAACAUGAUUGCUGACUCCCUAAAGGAUGACCUGUCCAAAAUGUAAAUUGGCCUGAGGAACAAGCCCCCACUGCCAGUACAUGGAGGCAGUCGGUGUACUAGACUUAGUAGGUAAAUGUUUAAUUUUGAAGACUGCUACUAGAAAUGAAGAAAGUGAGAACCCUUGUCUUACAAACCAUCUCUCAGCUCGCCAUGUUACAGGCUGAAGUAAACACAGUUGAUGAAUCAUUCCAUAGGUUUAACCAUACAUUUUCCAAGACUCAGGGAACACAGUGAUCUACACAGAGUCUUAUGUUUGCACGAGAUGCCCAGUGGCACCAUAUGGUUUAUUUUGGUAGGCGGGAUCUUUGCAGAUGAAAAAAAAGUCUACAUGUACUUGAUUUUAAUUGAAUUGCAUUGUAGAAUAGGCUCUUCUGGAGGAAAUUACGAAAUACCUACUAGAAAAUGUAAAAGAAAUCAGUGAAUGUUAAGACUAUAGUUAGACAUGUGAAGUGUAUGUGAUUAUGACAAGGAUACACUCACGUUCCAGGAGUAGGAAGUGAACCUGGGUCUCCUUUAAGACAGAAGAUGAAGAUGAGCCCAGACUAACUUAGCGUAGAUCUUGGCUGAGAUAAUCAGUGUGACGUCUAAUGUACCUGCACUAGACAGAGAAUAAGGUUCACCAGACAUUACCGUGGUCAGCUAACCAGAUAGAGUUGUUGAAGGACCCCAACUGUGCCUCCUGCCACAAGACAACCAGCAAGUUCUAUGGUGAGCCUUAGCCUGCCAGGUUGUAAGCUCCCUGCAGGCUCCUCCUCUCCAGAGCCAGGAUGGUGAGGCACUGGGCUGUCCCAAAGCAGGUUUGGAUGUGCCAACAUGCAGUUGCUCCUUCUGUAAUUCUUGUACUAAAACUCUAUUAAAGACCAUCAGUGAGCCAAAUAGUGUGCUAGCCAUCAAGGAUAGAGUUCUUAGCUACUUAAUGAUUCUUUUCUUCUGGAAAUCUUCUAGUGAAUAAUUUUUAAAAGCAUCUUUUAAACUGCUGAGUAAAGCAUUACCAUACAUUAGUUCUCUAUUUCUGCAUUAACUUCACUUGCUGGAAAGAAAUUUUGUUAAUGAACCAAACUCAGCCAUUAAGUUAUGUGAAUUCACCUUCUCUAGACACAUUGAGGUCUGGCAGAGAAGACACAUGUUCCCUGGCCUAGAGUGGGCUGACAAUAUUGCUGCCUCCCCUAAAUUGACUCAGUCUUGAGAAACACAUACUGCAGUGACAGUUGAUGAUGUAUCAGAAAUAUUCCUUUUUCUCCUAGAGGAAAUCCCUCAUGGCAUUAUCAUUCCCUAAGGACAAUGAGAUGUCCCUCCCCUCAAAACCUAAAGCCCCCUGAUGAAAGAUUCAGCUCUGAUUUGCUGCCAACUUACUGCUUAGUGCUCAAUGAGUUACUGUGCUUUGGCAUAGCUUCUACAUCACAGCAAGUAACUUCUCAGAGGGGAAAAGCCAAGCUCUAGACAAGGAGUGCUAUUAGCCCAAGGGGAAGAGCUAAUAGAUACACAGGCCAUAAGCACAGGGCUGCACACAGAGCCUUUAUUGGCAUCUGCAUGAGAGGCCUAGAAAUUGGAUAUUAGAAACUAGGAAUCAUGGCUCUGAGUGCCUUGCAUACAGGAGAUACUCACUAAUACUAAAUCAAGGCACAUAAACAAUACUGGGUAAAUCAUACCUACCAGAAUAAAGAGUAACAUUCAGAGCUUUUCUUUUAGCUGUUAUUUUAAACAUUACUCCAUAUUUCAAAAGUCUGCAUGUAUGAAAUUGUGUCUUAUUUCUGGUUUUUAGAGCCUAAGAAAGAUACUGGUUCUUAAUUUGUAUUUAUCAUCUGAGCACCAAAUUAAUUUUUGAAAUAAAUGUUUUACCAGCAUUUCUGAUCUCAUCUGGCCUGAUCUCUGGGUUGGGAAGAGAGGGUACAAUUUGAGCAGUUCUCCUGAGUUAAGACUCAGCUCAAAGUCUCUCUUUUAAAAUGAAAAGCCACCUUUCUCAUUGCUUUUUUCAUAGGUGGAAGAAUCAGAUUUCAAGAGACUGAAGUUCAUUCUGUUUCAUUAGGGAUUAGACUAAAAUGGACAGUGGAUGAAAUCCAUUUUCCAGAAGCAGCUCUGGCUGUAUGUCCCAGUCAACCACAUAGAUGGUCUUUGUGAAAGUUUUAACUUCCUGCAGAGUUACCUAGUGCUCAGCGAUUGAGCCUUGACCAUGCCCAUGUUUGCUCCUAGUCUGUUCUGAGCCAUCAGAAUCUCCACAAGCCCUCUGUGGCUUGUGCGGCCUGAUGUCCAUGGCCACCAAGGGCCUCUCACCAUACGCUUCUCCACUCAACCUUUGAAGAGACAGGGACCACCAAAGGCUUGAUUUUUCUUCAUCCUACAUUAUAUUUAAAACAAAACCAGGCUGGGUGCCAUAGCUCACACCUGUGAUCCCAGCACUUUGGGAGGACAAGCUGGGAAGAUCGCUUGAGGCUAGGAGUUUGAGACCAGCCUGUGUAAAAAACAAGACCUCUGUGUCUAAAAUAAUUUUUUAAAAAGAGCAAAAAAAAAAAAAAAAAAAUUUCAGAUUAAAGGAGACUAAAGAGACGUGACAAUUGGACACAACAUCUGAUUGUGAAUUGGAUGUUUUUGUUAUAAAAGACAUUGUUGGGACAAUUUGCACAACUUGAAUGAGGUCUGAAGAUUAGUUGGGAGUAAGAUGCCACUGUUAAUUUUCUGAUUUCAGUGGUUGUACUGGGGAGAAGUAAGAGAGUGUCCUUGUUUCUACUGGAGACACGCAAGUAUCUGGGGGUGAGGGCCAUCAUGUCUGUUUACUGUCAGAUGGUUGAGGGGAAAAUAAUGUUCUUUGUACUUGCAGAUUUUUUGGAAGUUUGAGAUGUUUUAGAAUUUGUAAAAAUAAUUAUUUUAAAAUCCCACCAUGCUAUCUCCUGCAUCGGUGCCUCAUUGCUUCUUUUCCAGAAAGGCUAUUUCCUCUUGUACACAGUAAAUGAAGACCUGGGUUCAAAUCCCAGAUCUGUCAUUUGUUAGGUUUGUGACAUAAGACUUCACCUCCCUGCUCCUCAUUUUUUUUAAGGGAGAUAAAAUGAGGUCAUGCACAUAGCAUUUAGUAUGUUGCCUGGCAUAUGGUAGAUGCUCUAUAAAAUGGUACCUAAAGGAGGACAGCAAACGUGUUUUUCCUUUUUUCCUUUCAUUUCUCUUUAGUAUAGCGGAGGACCCUGUGGUAUCUCAGUCCCUGCACUGUUUCACCAGGCUUGUAACUUGAUUCCGGCAGUCAGCAUUUUGGCUCUUACGCAGGGAUAACACUUGCUCACCUGGCUCAGCUUUCUGGCCUCAGCCCAUGUAGGCCUCCCUGCACACAGCCCAGGAUGUUCUAACGUCGAUUUAGAAAAGAUGUGGGAAGCAAAGCAUUUCUUAGGUGGCAUGAGACAUCUCUGUGCCUGGCCUUCUCUUGCAGAAGAAAAGAGGCAAGGAUAUAUUUGGGCUGCUCUUUCCCUUGGGGGUGGGCCUUAAGGAGAGGUUGGAGGCUGGGACUGAGUGUGCUCUGUGAACAAAUGCAUCUGUAGGGCCUUGAAUGAAGCUCUUCUGCAGGAAUGCUGAGGACAGCGAAGCUCAUAUGAGUGUUCUUCUAAUCACUUUUUAAGAGGAUUGAAAUUCCUGCCUGUGCCCCAUACAGACAUGGGUAAGUGAUCAUAUUGGCCCAGGUGAGGAGUAUCUGUAGGACAUGGGUCUGGUCCUUCCCACCAGGCUGAAGGCAUCUCUCUAGCAAGACUGGUGUCACUGAGUGUGAUGCUGGGUGAGCAUCCUCAGAGCAUGAGUGAGAGACAGCGAAAGCUCUGGGUGGUUCUACGGUUCUAUAAAGAGAAAGCUCUUGGAAAAGAGAAGAGGAUGAGGUUGCCCCUAGUCCUAGAACAGGUAGAACUUGGAUAGGUGGUUUGGAGUGGAUGAGAGCUAAUCCAGAUAAGGAUUAUCUCUUACCCCCGCUGCUCACCCCUACACCUUUACAGUGUCUCAGUUAGGCCUCCCAAUCCUGUGAUGUUCUCACUAUGCCCAUUAUACACUGAGGUGCCUUGCUAAGGACCUCACAGCUAGUAGAUGACAGAGCUGGGAUUCUGCUGUAGUUGCAUGUGUCCUCCAAAGUUCACGUGUUAGAAACGUAAUCCCCAAGGCAACUGCUGGGAGGUGGGUCCUAAUGGGAAGUGUCUGAAUCAUGAGGGCCCUUCCCUCCUGAAUGGUUUAAUGCCAGUAAUAAAAAGGCAUGCUAUUAGGCUGCGAGUAUGAUCUGUUGUUCUAUCAUGCUCUCUUGCCCUUCCACCUUUCUGCCAGGGAGGAUGCAGCACAAAGGUCCUCACCAGAUGCCAGCCCCUCAAUCUUGGACUUUCCAGCCUCCAGAACUGCAAAAGUCAGGUGCAAGAGCUGGGAUAGCAACAGAUGCUGUGUGGUUGAUCCUGUCCUGCUGCAUUCUUCGUGGUGUCACCGAGCACAGGCUUUUGUACUUGUCUCGAAGAGUACUGGGCAAAAAAGGCCCUGUCAGAUUUGCUGUAGGACCUUAUUGGGUUCUGUGAAGUAUGUAAUUGGCCUUGCAGAGGAAGCGGCUUCCAUGGGACUUUAUGCCUUGGGAUUUCAGAGACUUAACUGUGCAGCCUCCAGGAGGGGAGGGCUCAUGCUUUCUGGAGUGAGACAGGUCCUGCAGCAGCCUGAGAUGUAUAAACACAGAAAACCUGUCCACUCAAACUGCAUUUGGAAUGACAGCGCUCACUCUACACAUUAUCAUGCUCACUUCCCAAAGAGAAAAUGUUUUCCACUACAUUUUGGCCUCCUUUCCUGAACCCAGGCUUGAUGUUUUUUACCUUGCUGUGCAGUGACUUCAUGCCAUGUGAGGCUGUGUGCAGCAGCAUCCUAUGCAGUUUCGUACCAGUCACCAAGACCCAGGGUGCGGCCCCCCAUGCCAGAGGGCCCCAGCCUUACACCUGAUCUGACAACACAGGAGAAUGAUCGCAGGGAAUGAUCGGCACAAAGGCAAGUAGAGCCAGGCCUGCUAUGUCACUCCCACUGUUAAAAUGCAGUCAGUCCUAAUGCCUCAAUAGCUGGCCGCUAUUCUAUUAAUGAGUUGAGGACUACAGUAACACAGAAAGGCUGAGUAACAAAAGCUGAAAAUGUUUUCCUUUAGAGACCAGUCAUGAGCGGUUUUAUGAAUCAAAUAUUUAAUCAACUUAUCUGUACAAAAUAUUAAAAUGGUUAAUGAAGCGUAUACAAGCACGUUUAACAAAUAUAUACUGCUAUAUAAUAAGAAAAAUAGAGAUUGCUGUUUUACAUGUCAUUUACAUUUCACUAUGUACAAUCUAUUUAAAUUUGAGAAUACAUAUACACAUAGGUUUCUACCAGCCCUGGGAGGGCUCCCUGCUAGCUGGCCUAGGCAUCGGCAACACCUCACGACGUCAGCUUGUGUUGCCCAAAUAAACACCCAGGCCAGGCAGCAAGGAGACAGCCCAGCCUGCAAGCCUCGGAGUUCUGCUCUGGCUACACCAGCAGGAAGAAUGCUGACGAAGGAGAUUUCAGUUUGCCUUAAAUGAGUUUUUAAUGUCCCCCCACACCCCAAUCUCAUUACUCCCAAGCCAAGCUAAGAAAAAGUGGGUGUCACUGCAAAGUGAAAGGACUUCUAUCCCCUCACCAAAAUAAUUAUUUUUGUCUUUAGCUGCUGAGGAAAUGGCGUGUUGAGCCUUGAUGGCAUUACCAGCACUUUGAGUUUUACCAUUUCCUUAAAAUCACAGUACUGGAAUCAGAUGAAAUUUGCUUUUUAAGCUGCAGGCCACUCGUCACGUGCAGAAUUCUGCUGCCCACCCAAGGCCUACUUAAACAGCAUCAUUUUGUAAGCUGGUACAGGAACUCUGCAACAACCUUCAGAGAAAUGAUCUGCUGCUUUAUUUGUAUGCAAAAAGAAAAAGACUUUGUCCAAACUUUUCAGAACCCCUAUUGUCAUCUGCUGAAAGGGCAAGUUGUAGUUAGCAUGUUAAUCCUUGUAAAAAAUGCAUUAACUUUUCAUUUAGGGUGAAAUGCUUCUAGCUAAAAGACCGAAAGUGACUCAAUUAUGAUUCUUUGUCAAAGAAAACAUAAAAGCUGUUUGCAUUACAGUGUAAAGUGAAAUACAAAAAUAAAAUUAUUCUAAGGAU